UGUCACAACCACCCUUUCGUACUACCAUCUAUCUAUAAAAUACCCAUGCAUUCCACCAACCUUCAUCACCAAAACCCUAGCAUUCCUACACUCACCUGAAAAAUCACCUCAUCUACACCGGAAUUGAAUUUCACCGGAGAUUCAUCCAUACAACGUCCCUUUGAAGAAGUUGGUACCCUUGUAUCAAACAAUUGAAGGUUGGAUUUCAUCGAAAGAUAAGGCCUAGUUGACCGUUGUGAUUGAUUUGGCCACAUAAUAGACGUCGAUCAACGGAGAAGAUGGAAAUUGCGGCGACUUACGAGACCGAUCUCAACUUUAAGGCCACCGAGCUCAGGCUCGGGUUGCCCGGGACCGACUCAAACGAUAAACGGACACCGUCGGCUGUGAGAAGCAAUAAACGGACACUCGCCGCCGACUCGGCGGAGGAUUGCCUUUCGAAGAGCGGUUCCGAUGCCGGGGAGAGUGAUCGGGACGCUGCGCCGGUCGCCAAGGUGCAAGUGGUUGGGUGGCCUCCGAUCAGAUCCUACCGUAAGAACAGCUUUCAGGCGAAGAAGACGGAGGCCGAGACGGGUGGGAUCUAUGUGAAAGUUAGCAUGGAUGGAGCUCCUUAUUUGAGGAAGAUUGAUCUAAAGAUCUACAAAGGAUAUCCAGAGCUACUCAAGGCCUUGGAGAGCAUGUUCAAAUCUUUCACCACAGAGAGGGAAGGUUGCAAAGGGUCUGAUUAUGCACCCACAUAUGAAGAUAAAGAUGGUGAUUGGAUGCUGGUUGGAGAUGUUCCAUGGGAUAUGUUUAUCUCCUCAUGCAAGAGAUUGAGAAUAAUGAAAGGAUCUGAAGCUAGAGGCUUGGGAUCAGGUGUAUGACAUACACACACACACACACACCAAAACCCUCGAAAAGGAUGGAGAGAAACAGAAAGGAAGAGAGAAAUACACCACAUGAGAUGCAAUCUUCUCAGCUUGGGCUGUCCAAUUUGGUGACCAAAGGCUGUAAUUUGGGUCCCUCCAUUUCAUCAUCUCAUGAUGAAGGGAUGCCCCUAAAUCUCAUUCUCUUGAUGACCACAAGAUCCAAUGGGUUGUAUUGAAUACUUUUGUGUUGUUCUUGUAUUUGUAAUAAUACCUUCAAACCAAAACAAAAUAUAGAGAUAAAAAUAUUGCUUGUUAUGCAAUUGUAUAAAAGGAAAUUUUACAUGGUUCU